CGGAGCGGGAGCCGAAGCCCGAGUGGGAGGCGUUGUCGUCUUCGUUGUCGUUGUCGUCGUUGUCCGGACGGGGGCGCGGCGAUGUGGUGGGGCGAGGGGCCCAGCGAGUGGCAGACGUUGGCCUGGGAGUUGCUGGGCGCGUCCGCCGUGGUGCUGCUAGUCCGCUGUCUCGUUCGCCUCCGGGUGCACUGGCCGGGGGUGAUCCGCCAAGGCGUCGACCGAGGCCGCGGCAAUCUCUGCCUGGACUCCGGCCCGGACCUUGACCCCGGCUCCGACUCCAGUCCUAGUCCGAACCUCGGCCCCGACCCGGCCUCCAGCCCGGCCCCCGGCCCUACAUCCUCGGCUCUCGGCGGCCGCCGCUCAGGUAAACUAUCAAUGGAUGUUAUUUUGGCCAGAUUGAAAGCUCUGAAUCCAGAUGAUCUUAGAGAAGAAAUUGUCAAAGCAGGACUCAAAUGUGGGCCUAUUACAUCAACAACGAGAUUCAUUUUUGAAAAAAAACUGGCUCAGGCUUUGCUGGAACAACAAAAAGGAGCUGAAGAAGUUUUUUUAUCUCCUCCAGAUCAAGCUUCAGAAAAUGCUGCUGUUAAUCAAACAACAAAACAGACUUUGAAGUCUACUGUGCUGAACCCAGCAAAGCAUACCAGUUUAUCUGAAGACAGAGAUUUUGGUUAUAAUAUGGGUUUGAAUCCUCCAGAAGAGGAUGCUUUAAUUCAUAAGAUCUGUUCUGUACCACUUGCUGCAAUGGCUGACGCUGACUCACAGAAAGACAUCUCAGUUCCAUCCAAAGAUCCUCCUCUGUACUACGGAGUAUGUCCAGUUUAUGAUGACAUCCUAGCAAAAAAUGACAGGAUUCAUGUUUAUGAGGACAAGAAGGAAGCUUUGCAGGCUGUCAAAAUGAUCAAAGGGUCUCGAUUUAAAGCAUUCUCAAACAGAGAAGAUGCUGAGAAGUUUGCUAAAGGAAUCUGUGAUUAUUUUCCAUCCCCAAGCAAAACUUGCUUUCCUCUCUCUCCAGUGAAAACAGUACCAUUUUUUAAUCAAGAUGGUUUAUGCUCACCUGAGUCAGAAUCAGUUAACAAAGAGCGAGCAAACAGUUUUAAAAGUCCUCGUACACAAGACCUGACUGCCAGACUCCGAAAAGCUGUGGAGAAGGGUGAUGAAGCUAUGUUUUCAGAACUUAUCUGGAAUAACCCACGCUAUCUAAUUGGUUCUGGAGACAACCCAACAGUAGUACAGGAAGGAUGUAGGUACAAUGUCAUGCAUGUGGCCACCAAAGAGAAUCAGGCUCGUAUCUGCCAAUUGAUUUUAGACACUUUGGAAAAUCCUGAAUUUAUGCGACUUAUGUACCCGGAUGAUGAUGAGGUCAUGUUGCAGGAGCGUAUUCGAUAUAUUGUUGACCUUUAUCUUAACACUCCUGAUAAAAUGGGAAAUGAUACUCCUUUGCAUUUUGCUUGCAAAUUUGGUAACGCAGACGUGGUCAAUGUACUUUCUUCACACCCUGGUGUUAUAAAAAAUCCUAGAAACAGAUAUUUACAAACUCCUGAAGAUGUAAUUUGUGAAAGAAGUAAAAAUAAAUCUGCAGAAUUGAAGGAGCGAAUCAGAGAAUAUUUAAAAGGUCAUUAUUAUGUGCCACUCUUGAGGGCAGAAGACAAUUCUUCUCCUGUGAUUGGUGACAUAUGGACUUCAGAUCAGGCAGACGGGCGUCCUCCCAUAUCAACACCCCGAUUUGGGAGCAGCCCAAAAGAUCCUGUUUUGAGUGUGAGAGCUUUUGCAGGGCCAUUAAGCCCAUCCAAGGCGGAAGAUUUUCGCAGACUUUGGAAGACUCCACCUCGAGAGAGAGCUGACUUCUUUCAUAAUGUCAGGAAAUCUGAUCCAGAAAGAGGUGUUGAAAGAGUAGGAAGGGAGUUAGCCCAUGAGCUGGGAUUUCCAUGGGUUGAGUAUUGGGAAUUUUUGGACUCUUUUGUUGAUCUGUCUUCCCAGGAGGGCCUACGAAAACUAGAAGAAUACCUUGGUCAACUUGAAAUGAGUAAAAGAGGCCAUCAGGAAGCGGGAGAAAAUGAGACUUGUAACAGACCUAAAACUUCUAAUACUUCUGGCAGGAGUAAAAAAUGCAGCAACUCCAUCUCUGUGGGAGCAUAUCUAGAUGAAGAAGAUGACAUGAGCCUAGAAGAAAUUAAAAACAGACAAAAUGCAGCACGGAAUUACUGCCAGCCACUUGUUUCCCAAGAGCCUGCCAUCGGUGCUUUUGGAGAUUCACCAUGUGAUAUUCUUUCCAUGGAACACACAUCACACCUACCUGGCAGACAGUAUGAGAAGGGGGGUUCUUCCAACAGAAAUGGGUUUUGUAGCCCUGUAACUAAAGAUAGGAUCAUCAGCAGGGAAAAGCAGAAGUCACCAAGUGGGGAAGAGUGCUUUCUUUCCCCUGUCUCCAGUUUAAUGACAGAAUUUGACAAACUAACAUUGCAAGACCAAGGAAAUAGGUUUUUCGAGAAAACAAACCAAGUUAUGGCAAAAAUUGAUGAUGAGAGAAUUCUGACUUUAGGAAUGAAUCAAGUCAAAAUUUCCAGAGACCAGGUAGAUAAGAUUGGUGCACAUCAGAUAAAGGAAAACUACUUGUUAGAAGAAGAUGCUACCAUGGCAGGCAAGUCUGGAAAUGGCAAAAUAAGGACAGGAAAAGGAAUGUCACCUCAAAUUGAGAGAUUGUUUUUGGAUUCCAGUGCUCAGGAUGGAGGGUCACAGUUAUGUGGCCAGGCUCACUUGCAACCUGGCUCUUCUCUCUUAUCUUCAGAAUCUCCUCCAAGGUUGUUUUCCAAGAUUCCACCUCCAAAUGAAAGAGCCAGGAAAUUCUUUCUUCAAGGGGAAGAGCCAACCAAACUGGAUCGGGAUGUUUUAGCAGCUAUAGAGCGUGUUGACAUUGAUCCUCAGAAAUACCCUGCUAUCAACAAAUGGAAGAAUACUGUUCAGUCCUUUUCUGCUUUAGAAAGGCAAAGCUGGCCAAGCCCUGCAUUGAAAGGAAAACUCAAAUCGCAGUGUUCGACUUUGGGUUCACCUCGAAGCUCUGUGUGUUCCAGCCCUGGAAAAUACGGCAAUUCUUCAUGUUCACCUAGUUUGGGGAGCCCUGGACGGUACAGCCCAGCAUAUGCUAACUUGGUAUUAAAGUUAGGUCAACCUCCAGAGCCACCCGCCCUGUAGAAGAUGAGUCUUUUUUCUGGGGACCCCAUUUAAUUUUCUUUUAUUCUUUUUUUGUUUAAAAGUGGGGAGGCACAUGGAAGAAAAUUUUGUUGAAAUAACACAAAAGAAUGUAUUCUGAUUAUUUAUUAAUCCUCGUUUGAAGAGGACAAAUGUACAAUUUUUUAAAAAAUGCAAAUAUAUAUUGUUUAUUAUCCCAGUUAGAUUACUGUUGAUUUGUGAGAGUUAGCAAAGUGUUAACUCAGAGAAAAAAUUUUAAAUAAUCCUUUCUGGUAAAGCAGUGACAAAUUCAGACUGUCUUAAUUAGCAAUUCUUAAUAAAAAUGAGGAUCUUUACAACAGAACAAUACAAUAACCCACUUUACCCUGUGGACAGUUUUAGCUGUUGGGUGAAGUGCGUGAUCACCCUGACAAAGAACGGCCCAGGAUCUAAGCAGGUGACUCUGAAUGUCAGGGAGUCAUAGCACUUGGUCAGAGUUAGCCAUCCUCUGAUUCCUCAACUUGUAACAAUUCACUUUUUAUUAAAUUUCUACUUUAUUUUCUCCAUAAAAAGGAAAAGUUUGGUAACUUUUGGCUUUGGAUUUUUAUUACAUGAUGGAGAGAAACACCUCUCUGGCUAACACCACUUCAAACCGGCUUAAAGAAAAUUGUGUUGAGGAUGCUGAGCGAAAACCUUUUAUAUAAUUCUUACUUUCUUGUAAACAUCAGUGUCUGAGAUGCUAAUAAUUUUGGUUCACUGGGAGCAUUAAAAAUGUUGACUUGAAGAUAAAAACUGGGCUUUUUUACCUGCGAGAACCAAUGGAAGUGGUCACAUCAAGAACACUAGCAAUAACAUUAUGGCCCUUCUUACUAGCAGGGUUUUUGUAGUCCAGGUUAGUGUGACCCCUUCUUUGGGCCUAAAGAAAUUGCCAACUCAGUUCCUUAGGUUGGAAGCGGCCUCAGAAUGUUGCAGUGGCAAACAUCUCCUGUGCCUUAGCCUUGGGAAGGAGGCCACUGGCGUGUUUGGCAGGUGUGUGCGCUGCCGUGUUAUAGGAGGCCAAGAGAGGGCCCCUCUCCCUCGCAGGCAGCUUCUCCUGGCUCAGGCUUCAGGUGAGUGGAAGAAGGAUUUGUAGAAAUCUCUUUUACAGUUUUAGAGCUGUAGGACUCGAAUGGAGCUUUAAUAGCCUCUGAGGACUGCUGCUGUGUCACUGACCGAGGCUGUAUGUGCAAGGUGGGCCCUCUUCUGAAUACCAUGGAGGCUGCAUAUGACCUCCAAAAUUGCUCUUCAUGUUUUUGUGAGCUUAAUAGUGCCUUUUGUUAAAAAACAAACAAAAAAUAAUUCUUUGACCUUCCUUGUUUUAAAAAGUUGUAAGCUGACAUCUUAAGUUUGGGCACUUAAGAUGUUUAUUUCCUUUGUAGGAGUUUUUAAUUGAAAUAUACACGAGAGGCUGUUACUUCUGCAUGAUGACUGGAGAAGGAUCUAAGUUUUGGAAUCAAGCUGUAGAUUUUGAAAUUGUAAAGAUUAUUACAGUUAUUGUUUAACUCGUUGUGUACAAGAUAAUUUGGGCAGUGAGUAGGUGGAAGUCAUGUGUCCUCUUAAGAGCAGAGCAUCAUUCUGAAUAGGAACGAAAUGCUGUUACCGCAUUCACGGUGGGGGGGAUGUCUCCACCCUGACUCCCUGUUACACUAACCAGUAUACUAAGGUGUUUGUAUUAACUUUUCUUUUGUACAUAAAGAUGGAAAUAAAAAUUACCGUAUCUUUUUUUUUUUUGGUCACAGUGCUUUUUAGACAGUUUUCUCUAGAUUUAAUAUGUUCUUUUCUCACAUGUUUACACUAUGUUCUCUACUGACAUUUCAAAAAAAAAAGUUUGCAAAGAGGUUGCUGCAGAGCAAGUUUGGCAUGUUGAUUCAAGUGUCCUACAUUAGAGCACAUUCACUGUCAUAAUGCUUUGUACCCCAUAAUGAAAAUAAAUUAUUUUUAGUUCAUAAUA